CAAUAUUUUGUAUCCUGUGUGGCCACGGCCAUCCCAUCACACCAUCCUUCCUCUUUCCGUUCGGCUGACCGGAACCUGUCGACUUCGCGCACCUCCUCGCUCGUUCCUCUGCGAUCCUUCUCCCUCACGUCGCCACUGCGUGCUCCGUCUCCCCGUCUACAAAUACUCAUCAAUCGUUGAUUUCUUAGCUUCCAAGAACCUCACAGAUUUUCUCUCUCCGCCCGAAAUGCCUCCGGAGGCAAGUAAUUUUCAAGCAUAAUCCCCACUACUUGGUGCUUUCCCAUCGCAGGCCGCCCACCUCCGUCCGCAGGUAACUUCGUCAUUGCUUUGCUUCUUUUCCGCCCCUUCUUUUUUUCAGUUCUUAAUCCUUCUCAAGCCAAUGAUUUGCCUGGCUUGUGUGUUUCUGAAUCACAUUGUAUUUAUUUUAUGUGCUGCUGAUCUAGCCCCCCACCCCCCCUUCUUGGCCGCCUUCUGUUGGACUGUAGUUUUGUUUUUAAAGUUUUUAAUGAAGUUCGUGGGCGGCUGCUGAUCUUUAAAGCUUGGGAAUUUGGAAUUCGGUGAGUUGGAUCUCAGCAGCGAGGAAAGAUCGGUUUUUGAUAAGGAUGAUUGGGAGGAGGAACAUCGGCAAGGCGUCUCCAUUGUUCUUGCUGCUGCUGGGGUUUGGAUUUUUCGUCGCUACCUAUAAUCUGGUGACGAUGGUCAUCCAUUACCAGCAGCGAGAGUCCGUGAACAAGCUUCCUGUUGACGAUUUAGGCACGGAGAUGCCUAAGAUUAGGCGAUUGGGCGUUCAGAGGCAACUGUUUCACGUUGUGGUGACUGCGACUGAUGCGGCAUAUAGCAGGUGGCAGUGCCGGAUAAUGUACUACUGGUACAAGAGGAUGAAGGACGGCGAGGGGUCGGAGAUGGGAGGGUUCACCAGAGUGCUCCACUCUGGGAAGCCUGAUAGCCUGAUGGAUGAGAUCCCAACUUUUGUUGUGGAUCCACUCCCAGACGGUGUGGAUCGGGGGUACAUUGUCCUAAACAGACCUUGGGCCUUUGUGCAAUGGCUGGACAAAGCAACUAUCGAGGAGGAGUAUAUAUUAAUGGCAGAACCAGAUCAUAUUUUUGUCAAACCGUUGCCAAACUUGGCUCGUGAAGAUUAUCCUGCAGGCUUUCCAUUCUUCUACAUUAAACCAACUGAACAUGUAGAGAUUGUGAGGAAGUUUUUUCCAGAAGAAAAAGGUCCUGUAACUAACAUUGAUCCUAUUGGCAAUUCCCCUGUGAUAAUUAAAAAGUCCAUACUAGAGAAGAUUGCUCCUACUUGGAUGAACAUUUCUUUGAAUAUGAAAGAGGAUCCAGAGACCGACAAAGCUUUUGGAUGGGUGUUGGAAAUGUAUGCUUAUGCCAUUGCAAGUGCAUUGCAUGGUGUGCAACAUGUUCUUCAUAAAAAUUUCAUGAUACAACCCCCUUGGGAUUUGAAGUUGGGGAACACUUACAUUUUACAUUUUACUUAUGGAUGUGACUAUACAUUGAAGGGUGAACUAACUUAUGGUAAAAUUGGAGAAUGGCGCUUUGACAAAAGAUUAUAUCUUCGUGGUCCACCACCAAGGAACCUAACUUUACCCCCGGCAGGAGUUCCUGAAAGUGUGGUAACACUGGUGAGGAUGGUAAACGAGGCUACGAAUAACAUCCCUGGGUGGGAUGAAGGAAGAUAGCCAGACCUAAUUUCCUUCAGCUAACGUUGACAAGUACAGAAAGGAGAGCAAAAACACAUACAACUCAUAAAGCAUUGAAGUUUUGUUAGAAGAAACAGAGAUUUCCCUCUUGAAGACUAAAAGUUCAUCAAUGUCCAUUCCUUGGCAGACUGUGGGUGCAUACCAUUCGUCCUCAUGGACUUCAUGAUCUUCUAAAGCACACUGCUGUGACUCGAAUAAUUCUGCACUAGAUAAGUUAUAAACACUUUCAUCCAUUGUGCUGGUCUUUGUUUGCAAUUUAAGCAAAUUAUGGAGAUAUUGGAAUACAAUUUGUGGCAAA